GUUUUUGCUUGACGUGCCUUGUGCCUUUUGGGUCUUGUGGAAGGCAAUUAAUUUUGGUAAUUGCAGCCAAUGUUCUAGUGAAUUCUGGUUUUUUAAUUGAGCGACUGAUAAAACGAACUGCAUAGAAAAUCUAAGUUGCUAAGGAUGUCUGGUAUUCUCAAAAUAUAUUCUCGUCGAAUACCGCAAUGUAUAAGAAUAUUGAAACAUUUGGAAGUGGGUGCAACUGAAAUUCCAUUGAAACAUGCAGGAGGGGUGUUUUCCAGGAAUUUAUCCAUUUUAUCCAAUGAAGGCUGCGCUUUGAAUCUUAAGUCCAAAAAUAUUUGCACUUGCACUGAAAGGUAUUUUAGAGCCUCUGUUACUCUUUUCGAUGUGAGGGUUGUUAAAGUACCACCAUUUGCUGAUUCUGUUUCUGAAGGUGAUGUGAGGUGGGAGAAAAAGAAGGGAGACCAAGUGGCAGAGGAUGAAGUAGUUUUAGAAAUUGAAACUGAUAAAACUUCAGUACCUGUACCGGCCCCUGGCAGUGGUACUAUAGUAGAUACUUUUGUGGAAAAUGGUGCCACUGUUAAGGCCGGUCAAGAUCUUUUCAGUAUUGAUGUCACUGGUCAGGCACCUACAAAAUCUGCUCCACAACCAGCUGCUGCUGCUCCACCUCCAGCUGCUGCUGCACCCCCACCACCAGCUGCAGCUCCCAAAGCUGCACCACCACCGGCCGCCGCUCCACCUGCAGCGGCCCCCAAACCCCCACCAGCUGCAGCUGCUCCAAGACCAUCGGCCCCCAUGACUUCAAUUCCAGUAGCUGCCAUCAGGCACGCUCAAGCAAUUGAAGCUGCUACUGUGAAGUUACCCCCACAGGACCCCACCAAAGAGAUAACAGGCACUAGGACAGAACAACGGAUAAAGAUGAGCAGGAUGAGGCUGAAGAUCGCGGAAAGAUUGAAGCAGGCACAAAACACCAAUGCCAUGCUGACAACCAUCAAUGAAAUAGACAUGUCAAAUAUCAUUGAUUUUCGUAAUACGAAUAAGGAGGCUUUCCAGAAGAAAUAUGGCAUCAAACUAGGCUUCAUGUCUUUCUUCCUCAAGGCUUCGGCGUACGCCCUUCAAGAUCAACCUGUUGUCAAUGCAGUUAUCGAUGGUACUGACAUUCUAUACAGGGAUUACGUUGAUAUAUCUGUUGCUGUUGCCACCCCGAAAGGUUUGGUUGUCCCCAUCAUCAGGAAUGUCGAAAGAAUGUCUUAUGCCGAUAUCGAAUUGGCUCUGAAUGCUAUGAGUGAAAAGGCUAGAAAAGGAAAUUUGGCAGUUGAAGAUAUGGAUGGUGGAACUUUUACUGUCAGCAAUGGUGGAGUUUUUGGUUCAUUGAUGGGUACCCCUAUCAUAAAUCCUCCUCAGUCUGCCAUCUUGGGUAUGCACAAAACACAGGAGAGACCGGUUGUUGUUAAAGGACAGGUUGUAGUCAGGCCAAUGAUGUAUGUAGCGUUAACCUACGAUCAUCGACUUAUUGACGGCCGCGAGGCUGUUCUCUUCCUUCGUAAAAUCAAGGAUGCUGUGGAAGAUCCUCGUAUUAUCUUAGCUGGUCUUUAAGUGAAAAAAGUAAUUCAUCGUGAAGGAGCUCACUUCAAAAAUGAUAAGCACCAUUCAUUGAGUUAGGGAAGAAAUUCUUCCAAUUCCAAGACAUUCUUGGCUACGUUUUAAUUUAUUUCCUUCCAAAUUUAUUCUGUGUUAAGUUAAUGCUCCACUUAAUGAUUAUUUAAGAUUCAAUUAUGUAUUAUCGACUGCCUGUUGAAAGAACCUCAAGUUGGCUUAAACUUCUGGGAAAAUACUUGAAGAUCAAUUUUGUGAGGGAUUUUGCCGGAGGGGAUUAUUUAUUUGUUGAACAUUUCAUUUCGCGAUAAGAAUGAUUUUAUUGUUACCACCAGUUGUUAUCCCAUAUCUUUUGUUAGUUCGAUUUGUACAUUUUACAAUUAUAUCAAAGUCAAAUAAUACUCUUCGUUAUGAAUUUCUACACAAGUAGGAGGACUUCCUGAAAUGUAAACGCGUUGGUUGUAUUCUUUUUUUUUUUUCAAUUUUUAAAUCUUUGUUUAUUCUUUAAAGAACCUUAAGAAUGUACAUUUUCCCAACUUACGGCAUGUAUAUUGUUUAUUGAAUAUUAUUUUACCAAAUCA